AAAGCUUUCCAUAACUUCAUCUGAGCUCGUUAAUAUUAAGCUAACCAGUCUUAAUACGUGGGACGCGUUUCUAGAAGAGGAUGCUAUUCUAUAUAUGUCUUACAGUUGUAGAAAUCACAGAGGAAAUAUGACUAUCUGGGAGGAGUUCGUUCAGAAUAUUUCCAUGGUUACCAGUUACAACACUUCAGUCAUUCACUAUAACCAAACAUCUUGCGAAGGAAAAAAAGGAAACGUUCUUAGCGUUGUGUCGAGCGUAACUACACCGUCCUCGUCAAAAGCGAUUUAUGUAAGCCCACCGUACCCGUUAUUACCAAGAUGGAUCAAAUCACCUGCAAGGUGUCUAAGAUUUCAAUAUCGGCUGUGGGGAACUGGAGCGAAAGUAUUGAAACUAUACCAAAUCUUAAAUAACAAGAUGUUUCCAUGGAGACCAAUAUGGAUGGACGCUAAUAACAGUUCAAGUAAUUGGAAGGAAGGACAAGUCACUCUUUCAGCUGUGACUGAAUAUCAGAUAGCCAUCAAGGGCGAAAUGUCUAAUGCACCAGGACUGAUAUCGAUAGGAGCUYUAUAUACCACUGAAGAGUAUUGUCCCGUGUUACCUGCUUCAGCAGGAGAAGCGUGCAAUGAAAUAUUUAAAAACUUGACUGGCGUCAUUAUGUCUCCCUGUUAUCCAAGUUACUAUAGCAACAACGCUAGGUGCAACUCGACUAUUAUAGCGAAGCGAGGUUACGUUAUUCGUCUAGAUGUCGCCGAGUUUGAGUUGGAAAUGAGCGCACGAUGUGAGAAUGACUCUGUUGAUGUUUAUGAUGGUGGUAAAAGAAUUGGUCGAUAUUGUGGUAUAAGAUAUCCACCAAUCAUUCAGUCGACUACUAACCAGCUUUCGGUGGUAUUCCGAUCAAAUGGAAGGAUAACACGCACUGGAUUCAUGGCGCAUUACCGCAUCCUGAAAGAUAAUGAUACAAACCAAGGAUGCUUACAAGACUGUCCUGCUGAUUGUCAAUGUCGAAAGCUGUCUGAUGGACAAAUAGUUGUCUCGUCGCGAAGUAUCAAUGCAGUUCCUCGUCGACUUCCUCGUGAAACAACAGUGAUCUUAUUUUCUGGAAAUGAAAUCUUCCACAUAAGAAGCAAUACCUUCGAUAAUCUCGAAAAGUUGGCAUUAAUAGACUUGAGUUACAACAGGAUUAUUCGCAUGGAUGAAAAAGCAUUUUCUUCACUUCCGUCACUUCAUACAUUGCGACUCAACAUGAAUUUCAUCAAGGACAUUGAAAAGGAAACAUGGAUUGAUGUGGAUGGUUUGAAAAUUCUGGAUAUUGGCAAAAAUUUGAUACGUUCUAUUGGAGACAGGACAUUCAUGACUUUCCCAGAACUGAAAGCUUUAAGUCUUCGUGACAAUUUGAUCACAUUCCUUCAUGAUGAUGCUUUCCAAAACAAUACGGAACUCUCCUCUCUUUAUCUACAUGGUAAUAAAAUCCAAAAAAUCCCUGGUGGUCUCUUCCGUAACCAAGGGAAGCUGAAAGUGCUGUAUCUGCAUAACAACAAGCUAGAAAAGUUCAGCAAAUCAUCGUUCCGAGGACUCUCCAUGCUUGAGAAAUUAAUGCUCCACAACAAUUCUAUCAAAGAGACAGAGAUAUCACGCGACACCUUUUCAGAAUUGAAAAACCUCAUAUAUCUGAAAAUAGACAGUUUCAUCCUGUGCUGCUAUGCCAAAAAGAGUAUCCCAACACUAAAGGAAUGUGAAUCGGAAUCAAAUGGUUUCUCCAGCUGCGAGGAUAUGCUGAAAAGCACCGUCAUUCGUGUGGGCAUAUGGACACAAGGCAUUUUUGCUGCAUUUGGAAACCUUGGCGUGAUGAUUUGGUGGACCGUUUUAGACAAGAAGCAACUUUCUAGAACAACAAGAAAUAAAACUAAUGUACAAUCUUUACUCUUAAGACAUCUGGGCAUGGCUGACUUUCUUAUGGGGAUCUACUUGCUUUUCAUAGCGAUACAGGAUGCCUUGUGGAAAGGCGAGUACGUGGAACAUGAUGUCGAUUGGCGGUCUGGUGUAUCAUGUCAAAUAGCAGGGGCCAUCUCAACUCUAUCGAGUGAGGUGUCAGUGAUGAUGCUUUUGGUGUUGACCGCUGAUCGUUUCAGCACCAUGGUAUUCGACUUCAAAGGCAAACGCCUGGGAUGGAAAUCUGCUCAUUGCGUUUGUCUUCUCGUUUGGAUUUCUGGAUUUGUCAUCUCCUUCAGCCCAUUGUUUGCCACAAGCUACUUUAAAGAUSAAGCCACYGGKUUCUCRUUCUACGGACGGUCGACYGUUUGCAUUCCUUUUCAGCUUUCCUCAGAACGACCUGCAGGAUGGGAGUACUCCGUCGCCAUGUUCAUGGCCUUCAAUGGUGCUGCCUUUUUAUUCAUCCUUGUUGCUUAUGUAGCUAUAUUCAUUAAGGUCCAGCGAUCCGCCAAAAGAGUCCAGUCAUCGAGAGAACCAUCGUCACUGGGGACAAGAAUUAUGUUUAUUGUCCUGACAGACUUUUGCUGCUGGAUGCCAGUCAUCGUGAUUGGUACUCUGUCACUUGCCGGAAAGUUUUACGAUCCAACGGGACAAGUGUACCCUAUGAUUGCUGUAUUUGUUCUACCAGUGAAUUCAUCCAUCAAUCCAAUCAUUUAUACCUUUGCUACUCCACAAGCAACGAAAUUAUAUCAUCAAAUGAUACAAGGAUUGCGAGACAAAUUCCAGAACUUAGUCUGGAAACAAAACAGAACAGGAGGCAUGGAUCUCGACAAUGGCGGCUUUAGAGAAGAAAGGCAUGACAACACUGAAUUAAAAGAGAUUAUGUGAGUCUGCUAAAGCAAAUGAAGGGCUAAUAGAUCUCUUUUCUUGAUAUGUCCGCCAACUUGAAAAGAGACAGGAUUUUGCUUAGCAUAGUUGAUAGACUUAAACAAAGCUCUAAAUAAUGAUUUAGCAAAUUGAAUGCAUCACAUACUGCUUGAGUGAAGAGUGAUUAGUUUUAAUCUGCGAAAGAGCUAAAAUAAAGCUGAAUAA